AUGCGAAAUUACAAACGCAAAACAGAUAGAGAUGCAACUCCUCUUGAUGUUAUGAAAAGAGCUGCCAAAGAAGUUGAUGAUGGAAAAAGUUUGCGGAGUGUGUCAAAAGACUUUCAAAUUGAUAGAAUGACACUCAAAAGGUUUAUACUGAAGAAAAUGAAAGAUUCCCAGGCUGCUACAGGAUAUAAAGCUGUAUCAUUAAAUCAGUCUGUUAUACCUCCAGACAUGGAACAGGAUUUGGCAAAUCACAUCAAACUUAUGGCGGACAUGUUUCAUGGUCUGUCUUUAACUAAAUGCCGUGUACUUGCGUACAAAUUUGCAUCUCAAAAUCAGAUAAAUAUGCCAGUUAGCUGGGUUACAAAUGGUAAGGCAGGCACAGAUUGGUGGCUAGGUUUCAGGUCAAGAUAUAAUUUAUCAUUAAGAAGUCCAGAGGCAACAUCAUUUGCAUGA